AUGUUCGCGCACAAGCAGGCUGAGCACAGCGCAGCCACAGCAGCACAAUGCAUGCGGCGGGCGGUUGCGGUAGUAGAUGGGGAGGGCGGCGCUCAGGAAGACGAGCAGCAGCAGCACAGCCAAUUGGUGGUUGAUGAGGGGGAUGAGAGGAGUGAGGGGGAUGAGAGGAGUGAGGGGGAUGAGAGGAGUGAGGGGGAUGAGAGGAGUGAGGGGGAUGAGAGGAGUGAGGGGGAUGAGAGGAGUGAGGGGGAUGAGAGGAGUGAGGGGGAUGAGAGGAGUGAGGGGGAUGAGAGGAGUGAGGGGGAUGAGAGGAGUGAGGGGGAUGAGAGGAGUGAGGGGGAUGAGAGGAGUGAGGGGGAUGAGAGGAGUGAGGGGGAUGAGAGGAGUGAGGGGGAUGAGAGGAGUGAGGGGGAUGAGAGGAGUGAGGGGGAUGAGAGGAGUGAGGGGGAUGAGAGGAGUGAGGGGGAUGAGAGGAGUGAGGGGGAUGAGAGGAGUGAGGGGGAUGAGAGGAGUGAGGGGGAUGAGAGGAGUGAGGGGGAUGAGAGGAGUGAGGGGGAUGAGAGGAGUGAGGGGGAUGAGAGGAGUGAGGGGGAUGAGAGGAGUGAGGGGGAUGAGAGGAGUGAGGGGGAUGAGAGGAGUGAGGGGGAUGAGAGGAGUGAGGGGGAUGAGAGGAGUGAGGGGGAUGAGAGGAGUGAGGGGGAUGAGAGGAGUGAGGGGGAUGAGAGGAGUGAGGGGGAUGAGAGGAGUGAGGGGGAUGAGAGGAGUGAGGGGGAUGAGAGGAGUGAGGGGGAUGAGAGGAGUGAGGGGGAUGAGAGGAGUGAGGGGGAUGAGAGGAGUGAGGGGGAUGAGAGGAGUGAGGGGGAUGAGAGGAGUGAGGGGGAUGAGAGGAGUGAGGGGGAUGAGAGGAGUGAGGGGGAUGAGAGGAGUGAGGGGGAUGAGAGGAGUGAGGGGGAUGAGAGGAGUGAGGGGGAUGAGAGGAGUGAGGGGGAUGAGAGGAGUGAGGGGGAUGAGAGGAGUGAGGGGGAUGAGAGGAGUGAGGGGGAUGAGAGGAGUGAGGGGGAUGAGAGGAGUGAGGGGGAUGAGAGGAGUGAGGGGGAUGAGAGGAGUGAGGGGGAUGAGAGGAGUGAGGGGGAUGAGAGGAGUGAGGGGGAUGAGAGGAGUGAGGGGGAUGAGAGGAGUGAGGGGGAUGAGAGGAGUGAGGGGGAUGAGAGGAGUGAGGGGGAUGAGAGGAGUGAGGGGGAUGAGAGGAGUGAGGGGGAUGAGAGGAGAGUGAGGGGGGGGGAUGAGAGGAGUGAGGGGGAUGAGAGGAGUGAGGGGGAUGAGAGGAGUGAGGGGGAUGAGAGGAGUGAGGGGGAUGAGAGGAGUGAGGGGGAUGAGAGGAGUGAGGGGGAUGAGAGGAGUGAGGGGGAUGAGAGGAGUGAGGGGGAUGAGAGGAGUGAGGGGGAUGAGAGGAGUGAGGGGGAUGAGAGGAGUGAGGGGGAUGAGAGGAGUGAGGGGGAUGAGAGGAGUGAGGGGGAUGAGAGGAGUGAGGGGGAUGAGAGGAGUGAGGGGGAUGAGAGGAGUGAGGGGGAUGAGAGGAGUGAGGGGGAUGAGAGGAGUGAGGGGGAUGAGAGGAGUGAGGGGGAUGAGAGGAGUGAGGGGGAUGAGAGGAGUGAGGGGGAUGAGAGGAGUGAGGGGGAUGAGAGGAGUGAGGGGGAUGAGAGGAGUGAGGGGGAUGAGAGGAGUGAGGGGGAUGAGAGGAGUGAGGGGGAUGAGAGGAGUGAGGGGGAUGAGAGGAGUGAGGGGGAUGAGAGGAGUGAGGGGGAUGAGAGGAGUGAGGGGGAUGAGAGGAGUGAGGGGGAUGAGAGGAGUGAGGGGGAUGAGAGGAGUGAGGGGGAUGAGAGGAGUGAGGGGGAUGAGAGGAGUGAGGGGGAUGAGAGGAGUGAGGGGGAUGAGAGGAGUGAGGGGGAUGAGAGGAGUGAGGGGGAUGAGAGGAGUGAGGGGGAUGAGAGGAGUGAGGGGGAUGAGAGGAGUGAGGGGGAUGAGAGGAGUGAGGGGGAUGAGAGGAGUGAGGGGGAUGAGAGGAGUGAGGGGGAUGAGAGGAGUGAGGGGGAUGAGAGGAGUGAGGGGGAUGAGAGGAGUGAGGGGGAUGAGAGGAGUGAGGGGGAUGAGAGGAGUGAGGGGGAUGAGAGGAGUGAGGGGGAUGAGAGGAGUGAGGGGGAUGAGAGGAGUGAGGGGGAUGAGAGGAGUGAGGGGGAUGAGAGGAGUGAGGGGAUGAGAGGAGGGGAUGAGAGGAGUGAGGGGGAUGAGAGGAGUGAGGGGGAUGAGAGGAGUGAGGGGGAUGAGAGGAGUGAGGGGGAUGAGAGGAGUGAGGGGGAUGAGAGGAGUGAGGGGGAUGAGAGGAGUGAGGGGGAUGAGAGGAGUGAGGGGGAUGAGAGGAGUGAGGGGGAUGAGAGGAGUGAGGGGGAUGAGAGGAGUGAGGGGGAUGAGAGGAGUGAGGGGGAUGAGAGGAGUGAGGGGGAUGAGAGGAGUGAGGGGGAUGAGAGGAGUGAGGGGGAUGAGAGGAGUGAGGGGGAUGAGAGGAGUGAGGGGGAUGAGAGGAGUGAGGGGGAUGAGAGGAGUGAGGGGGAUGAGAGGAGUGAGGGGGAUGAGAGGAGUGAGGGGGAUGAGAGGAGUGAGGGGGAUGAGAGGAGUGAGGGGGAUGAGAGGAGUGAGGGGGAUGAGAGGAGUGAGGGGGAUGAGAGGAGUGAGGGGGAUGAGAGGAGUGAGGGGGAUGAGAGGAGUGAGGGGGAUGAGAGGAGUGAGGGGGAUGAGAGGAGUGAGGGGGAUGAGAGGAGUGAGGGGGAUGAGAGGAGUGAGGGGGAUGAGAGGAGUGAGGGGGAUGAGAGGAGUGAGGGGGAUGAGAGGAGUGAGGGGGAUGAGAGGAGUGAGGGGGAUGAGAGGAGUGAGGGGGAUGAGAGGAGUGAGGGGGAUGAGAGGAGUGAGGGGGAUGAGAGGAGUGAGGGGGAUGAGAGGAGUGAGGGGGAUGAGAGGAGUGAGGGGGAUGAGAGGAGUGAGGGGGAUGAGAGGAGUGAGGGGGAUGAGAGGAGUGAGGGGGAUGAGAGGAGUGAGGGGGAUGAGAGGAGUGAGGGGGAUGAGAGGAGUGAGGGGGAUGAGAGGAGUGAGGGGGAUGAGAGGAGUGAGGGGGAUGAGAGGAGUGAGGGGGAUGAGAGGAGUGAGGGGGAUGAGAGGAGUGAGGGGGAUGAGAGGAGUGAGGGGGAUGAGAGGAGGGAUGAGAGGAGUGAGGGGGAUGAGAGGAGUGAGGGGGAUGAGAGGAGUGAGGGGGAUGAGAGGAGUGAGGGGGAUGAGAGGAGUGAGGGGGAUGAGAGGAGUGAGGGGGAUGAGAGGAGUGAGGGGGAUGAGAGGAGUGAGGGGGAUGAGAGGAGUGAGGGGGAUGAGCGGAGUGAGGGGGAUGAGAGGAGUGAGGGGGAUGAGCGGAGUGAGGGGGAUGAGAGGAGUGAGGGGGAUGAGUGGAGUGAGGGGGAUGAGGGCAAAGAGGGGGAUGAAAGGGAUAAGGGAAAUGAUGGGGACGAGUGGGAUGGGAUUACAGGGAUGGGAGGGAUGAGAGGGAUGGGAUGA